GGUGGGCUUUAGUGGAGUGCACUCACUAUAGCUAUAAUAACAGUACUGUUAAUACAAUUUGUUUGCAAUCUAUAGCUUGUAUUGAAUUGAAGCACAAAAUGGUGUCAACAGUGGUGUCAAUCAAUAGAUGCAAACUUCAAGACUUGAUUCAUAUCAUUGAUUAUAGCGAUUGACAAACAUUUGCAUUGCUUUUAAUGAUGAGUCGGAUGUCUCAUAAUUGUCGUUAAAUCCAAAUGGUUGUCCAUUUGAGGCCAUUAUUGGUCUCAUUGGUGUCACUGAUCGCACUGACACUAUGUGUUGAUGUCUUAGCCGACGAUCCGCCGCGAAUCAUAACAGCACCAAAGGAUCAGUUGGUGGUUAGUGGACGAGUGGCCACAUUUGUUUGCGCCGCUAUCGGCACUCCGAAACCACAAAUUGAAUGGCGAAAGAAUGGCAAACGACUGGUUACUCAAAGAUAUACAGUCCUCGAGAUUCCUAACGGUUCUGUCUUAAGGAUAGAACCGGUCAGAGCUAAUCGAGACAACUCCACAUACGAGUGUUUGGCCGAGAAUGGCGUCGGAGAACCAGUUAGAGCUCAAGCACUACUUAAUGUGUUUUCCGAUGAAGACAUACCAAAAGGCUUUCCACGAUUUACAUUACAACCUCAUAUGCAAGGAGUAGAAAGAGGUCGAAAUGCAUUGAUUCCAUGCAAGGCUGAGGGCGAUCCCGAUCCUCAUAUCACAUGGUUUAAGGAUAUGGUUCCCAUAGAUAUGAGUAAUACCCGUUACUCAUAUUAUUCGGGUGCUUCACUACAGAUAGUGGGCGCCGAAGAGCAGGAUCAGGGACAGUAUGAAUGCGUUGCUGAGAAUAAAGUUGGCACCGCUUACUCAGAUUUGGCUACACUUUAUGUCCGGACUCGUAUGGUUCCGCCGUAUUUCUCGAUUCCACCUGAAAAACAGUACGAAGUAAUGCCCGGAAGUUCACUAAACUUGACGUGUGUUGCGGUUGGCUCUCCCAUGCCUUACGUUAGUUGGAAGAGAGGACAGACCGAUAUUAGAAAAGAGGAACACGAAGGCCUACCUAUCGGUAAAAAUGUGUUGAUAUUGGAGGACAUUCGAGAAAGUGCUAACUAUACAUGUAUUGCACACUCAAAACUGGGAAAUAUCGAGGCCUUAACUCAAGUGAUAGUUCAGUCAUUGCCGAGACCUCCUACUAAUGUUCGGGUAUCGGAUGUGACGCCAUCAUCAGUGAGACUUUCGUGGUCUUAUGAUAUCGGAGCUGAAAAUAUAGUAUAUUUUGUAAUUCAAUACAAACCGAAAAAUGCAAACCAAGAAUUGAGUGAAAUUAGUGGAAUCACUACAUUCUUCUACAUCGUUGGUUCGCUCACUCCUUUCACCGAAUAUGAGUACUAUGUCGUGGCUGUCAAUGCUAUCGGAAGAGGUCAGCCCAGCUCUGCUACUUAUGUCAUGACUGGAGAAACAAACGCCAUGAAUGAAAGGCGAAUGAUUUCAUCGCAUCCCCGAAAUCUUAAUGCCCGCCCAUUAAGUUCCAGUACUAUUGUUGUGCAAUGGGAUCAACCAGAAGAACCAAAUGGUCAGGUGACCGGUUAUAAAGUGUAUUAUACGGCACAACCAAGUUUACCGACGACUGCGUGGAAUACCCAAACUGUGGACAGCAAUCAGUUGACCACUAUCUCUGAUUUACAGCCACAUAUGAUUUAUACUAUUCGUGUUCAGGCAUUUACCAGUAGAGGUUCUGGUCCUCUGUCAAUGCCGGUUCAAGUCAAGACACAACAGGGUGUUCCCAGUCAACCUUCCAAUCUUAGAGCUACCGCAACUUCUGCGACUUCAGUUCAACUCAAUUGGCAAAAGCCUUUGCACGUCGGAGAAGCCAUAAUAGGAUAUGAAGUUUAUUGGAACGACACGUUUACCAACAGAGAGGAAAAGAGAGCCAUUCCUGAUGUCGAGACUUUUACUUUGGGUGAUCUCAAUCCCGAUACACUUUACUAUGUAUGGGUGGCUGCAAAAUCUCGCAGAGGAGAAGGGGCCGCCACACCACCCAUACCUGUUAAAACCGAACAGUUUGUUCCCGGAGCCCCUCCACAACAAGUGCGCGGUAAUGCAUUAGAUUCGAGAGCCGUGCGCCUCCAAUGGCAACCCCCACCCCGUGCCAAACAUCACGGAACUAUUACUUAUUACAAAAUAAUUUAUUUUGAAGACAAUAUAAAUAUUGCUAAAAAGCAUGAAGUUAAUGUUACAGCUAAUGAGUUGACAGUAGAUCUCAAAAAUUUAAACAAAUGGACUAAUUAUCGCAUAUCAGUGGUUGCGGGCACUGAGAUGGGGGACGGACCCGCAUCUCAGCCUAUUAUAGUACAAACCGAUGAAGACGUUCCGGGCGAACCUCGAGAUGUCAGAGCAACUGCAUUGAACAGUACAUCAAUUUUAGUUGAAUGGUUAGCACCCAUACAUAAGGAACAGAAUGGUCUUAUUAGAGGAUAUCAAAUACAUGUACAAGAAGUUAAUGGAAAUGGAGAUUUGAUUAAUGAUCCGAUCAGAUUUGAUGUUGCAGAUGGUAUGGCCGAAGAAUAUAAUAUAACAGGUCUACAACCAGACACUGAUUAUGCUAUACAAGUGGCAGCUGUAACUCGUAAGGGUGACGGCACUCGAAGUCGAUCAACCAGUGUUCGCACAUUAGGUGGAGUUCCUUCUAAACCUGACAUUUUAAUUCGUCUUUUACAAGAUGAGCCACAAAUGAGUGUUGAGGUACAGUGGUCACGACCUAACCAUACUUAUGGACAGCUAAUGAAAUAUAAGUUAAAAUACGGACGAAUGGACUCUAAUAAUAGAGAAGAAAUGGAAAUUGAAUCACAAGAACAACACAGAAUUAUUAAAGAUUUGGAUAGAGGAGCCAGAUAUGAGUUUCGUAUUUCCGGCAGUAAUGUUAUUGGUUGGGGACAGGAGUCUGUAGCAUAUGUCGAAACCCCAGAAGGUAUUCCUAGAGCUCCGCCACAGAAUUUGACGUAUCGAUUGCAAAGUCCAACAACAGUUGUUGUCAAUUGGGAUCCACCGCUACCUCAAUAUAGAAAUGGAAAAAUAUCUGGAUAUGGAAUACAUUUCCAUAAACUGUUGGAUCAAUCACCAAAUGAAUCCAAUACUUCACAAACUCGGAUGGUUUUUAGUUCAUUGGAUGAAAAUACAGAAUACACUUUUAGAGUGCGAACUCAUACAAGUCGUGGUGCAGGUCCGUGGAGUAAUCGAAUUCAAUUGCAAACUCCAGGUGAUGUACCGCCUGCACCAACAAAUGUUCAAUCAUUGAGUACAUCUGAGACAUCAGUAGAAGUUUGGUGGGAUGAGAUGCCAUUCUUUAAUGAUAUACUCGGUUAUCACGUGUUGUACUCUCAAACGCCAGUUGAAGAUCUUGAUCUUUGGUAUCGUAAAGAAGUAGCCCUGACCUGGUCGGCUUCUAUUACUGGUUUAGAGCCUAAAACAAUGUAUGCCAUUCGUGUAGCAGCUUAUACUAAUCAAGGAUUGGGACGACUUUCAGAGUUGAUUACUGUUAGAACUGAUCCGACUGAUGUGCCGCUUAACUUACAAGCACUUGAUGUGACCACUCAUACAAUGACAUUGACGUGGAAACCACCUAAAAAGUUAGAGCCAACGAAAUAUAAGAUAACAUAUGGCGCUCACAAAGAAUUUUACGACAGUCAAGGAGUCCUCCAAAGGCUACCAAUUAGUCCCGAAUCUAUUUAUGUGUCAUCCGAUGUCACUGAAUAUAGAGUCAAUAUAUUAAUGCCAUUUACCACUUAUCAAGUGAAUGUAACUGCCAUUCCAUCAGAUGAAACAUUCAGACCACCCGCUAAAAUCACUGUAACAACAGCUAUGGCCGCUCCCAAACCUAUGGUUAAACCAGAUUCUAUAGAAUCACAAAAUAAACAACAGAUUACUGUAAUACUUCCACAAGCGUCUGAAGAAUAUGGACCAAUUAGUCAUUACUAUUUGGUGGUCGUUCCCAAUACUUUUGCAACUAAAGAACCGGAUAAGUAUACAAUUGAAGAGUUGUCAUCGACACCAACAGAUCGAAUUGGACCUUAUAUUGCUGCGAAAUGGAUGAGAAGAGCCAUUCCUAACACAUUUUUAUUAGGAGACGGACAGAAAUUUAAUGGUUUUGUCAAUAGAAGACUUCAUAAAGAAAUUCUUUAUCACAUCUUUGUUCGGGCUGUUGUCGACACUCCUAUAAAGAGUCUAUUCACAAGUUCGCCAUUUUCUGAUGCUCUCAGUUUGGAUUCAAUUAUAGCCGAAGGUCACGCAAGAAGUCCUAAUGUCCAGCAAUCGGAGUCACAGCAACCAUCACCAGAAAAACCUGGAGAUAGAGUUCCAGUGACGAGAGCUGGUGAUAAAUCGGGUGCUAUUUUAAUAUUGUCUAUUGUAUUGGCAAUACUUUUGGUGGUAAUGUCUGUUGGAUUUUGUAUUAUCAGACGUCGUCGUUUUUCCAUUUCCUGCAGACGACGUCAACUUAUCAAAUCUCCCGCCGCCGACACAACUAUGAAAUUAUUGUUAAGUACAGCAGAACCGAGAGAUCUGACAACUCAUCCAUCAGAUCCGGUAGAAUUGCGUCGACUUAACUAUCAGACAUCAGCUAUGAUGAGUCAUCCGCCUAUUCCCGUCACUGAAUUGUCCAAUCAUAUUGAUCUUCUUAAGUCUAAUGAUAAUAUGAAGUUUUCUCAGGAAUAUGAGUCCAUAGAACCGGGACAACAGUUUACUUGGGAUAACUCAAACAUUGAGUUCAAUAAACCAAAGAAUAGAUACGCGAAUGUCAUUGCAUACGAUCACAGCAGAGUUGUUCUCCAACCUCUAGACAACAUUCCCGGCUCUGACUAUAUUAAUGCCAACUAUUGUGAUGGUUAUCGCAAACAAAACGCUUAUAUUGCGACUCAGGGAGCGUUACCCGAAACAUUUGGUGAUUUUUGGAGAAUGGUUUGGGAACAGAGAAGUGCAGCAAUUGUUAUGAUGACUAAACUGGAAGAAAGAACUCGAAUAAAAUGUGACCAAUACUGGCCAUCACGAGGAACAGACACUUACGGUGUAAUGCAUGUGACUCUUACAAACUAUGAAGAGUUAGCUUCGUAUUGUAUCAGAACUUUUACAUUACAACGAACCGGUUAUGUAGAGCAACGGGAAGUCCGUCAGUUCCAGUUUACCGCGUGGCCCGACCACGGAGUACCCGAUCAUCCGACACCUUUUCUUAUGUUCUUAAGACGAAUUAAAACAAUGAAUCCACCAGAAGCUGGUCCUCUUAUUAUACACUGUUCAGCUGGUGUUGGUCGUACGGGUUGUUAUAUCGUAAUUGAUUCGAUGUUAGAGCGACUCAAAUAUGAGAAUACAAUUGAUAUCUACGGUCACGUAACAUGUCUUAGAGCUCAACGUAAUUAUACGGUUCAAACUGAAGACCAGUAUAUCUUUAUUCACGACGCAGUACUCGAAGCAGUUAUUGCUGGCAAUACUGAAGUGUCGGCCCGUAAUCUUUAUAAUCACAUUCAAAUGCUUAUGCAAGUGGUUCCCGGAGAAAAUAUUACAGGAAUGGAAUUGGAGUUUAAAAAGAUCGCAUCCAUGAAAACUGUGGCCAAUAAGUUCAUAAGCGCUAACCUUCCGGUCAACAAAUUUAAGAAUCGACUAAUGAAUAUAUUGCCAUAUGAGUCAACUCGUGUUUUCUUACAACCUCUCAGAGGUGUUGAUGGAUCUGAUUAUAUAAACGCUAGUUUUAUAGAUGGAUACAAAUAUAGAAGCGCUUAUAUCGCAACUCAAGGACCACUUCCUGAGACUACAGAAGAUUUUUGGCGAAGUCUUUGGGAACACAACUCAAAUAUUGUCGUAAUUUUGACAAAAUUGAAAGAAAUGGGACGCGAAAAGUGUCAUCAAUACUGGCCUUUAGAGCGCUCUCAACGAUAUCUCUAUUAUGUUGUCGAUCCCAUUACGGAAUACAAUAUGCCUCAGUAUAUACUCAGAGAAUUUAAAAUAACUGAUGCCCGGGACGGCCAAUCACGGGUUAUACGGCAAUUUCAUUUUGUCGAAUGGCCAGAACAAGGAGUUCCCAAAUCUGGUGACGGAUUCAUUGAAUUUAUAACACAAGUGCACAAAACAAAAGAACAGUUUGGACACGACGGACCAAUAACUGUUCACUGCAGUGCUGGUGUUGGCAGAACCGGUGUUUUUAUAACACUUAGCAUUGUUUUGGAACGACUCCAGAAUGAGGGUGUGUGUGAUCUCUUUCAAACGGUACGAACGUUACGAACUCAGAGGCCGGGAAUGGUUCAAACCGAAGAUCAGUAUCAGUUCUGUUACAGAGCAGCACUUGAAUACAUCAGUUCUUUCGAUAACUACAACAACUGAUUGCCGUAAUAUCACGUCUUUCACAGCAGUAGUUACGCUGUCAUUAAAUUUCUUAAUACUAGAUAUUGCAGCUAAAAAUAGAUGAAAACUAUGGUUGAAUUUGAGCCAAAUUAUCAUCAGUACAAACAUUGUCGACUGAAUUAUUAUAAUUAUUAUUACACUUUAUUUUGAGUGUAAAUCCCAAUUAUUGCUCUAAAUCUUAGUUUGGAGAACAGGACUGGUGAUGAAGUUCCUCAUUAUGUUAGUAAUGCACACAAACACUCUGUUAAUUCACUCAAUGAUUUGCAGCUCAACCAUAACAUAACAUAACAUAUUUAAUGGCAAUAUUUGUGACUUUAAUCGAAGGAUUUGUGCCUAAAAUCUAAUAUAUUUAAUAAUCACUUGACAUACAUGCAUACAUACAUACAUAAUAAGUCAUAUAAUUUAUGUCUUAAUGUCCUCAAUAUUUGGUCAAAUUCUAGUCUUAACAUAAUAUUCUUUGAAUGACUGAAAUUCUUAUUUUUAAACAAAAGAGUCAGAAUUUGUUGAAUUAAUAUAAGUAUCGAUUUCUGUGCCUCUAUUCGGUAUAAUUUUGUUUUUAGUAGAUAUUCAUUAUAUAA